GCCCCCUUCCGCCCGCCCGCCCGGGAGCCGACUCUGGGACCGCCGGGCCAGGCUAGCCGUGGAUGGGCGAGCAACCGCCCGCGCCAGGAGAAGGGGCGCAGCUCAGCAGCCGACGGACGAGCGGCUCACGGCGGACGCCGGCUACCUGUCAGUGCGCCCCCGGGUCGGACGGCCCACCGGUAGCGCCUGUUGGCUAGGGGCGGGGGCUCGGGGGACUCGGCCCUCCCCCAGCCCUCCAGGCUCCGGCACCGGCUUCUGCCUGGAGGGCGGCCACUUCCCAACCCUCCCUCUCCCCCUGCUGGCCGAGCGCGCCGCGGGCGGACUCCGGGGCCCAGGGCUGCCCGCCUCCCACCCGGCGCCCCGUUUCUCCUCCCGGCCGCUCUCCCCCUCAACUUUCCGUGCUUUGUUCUCCGGCUGGAAAUGAUUUACGGAAGCGUCUUGGACAGGGUCUCCGCCAGGCGGCAAGAGCCCAGCGCUGAGAUGUGUUACGUUCUCAUCUACCCAUCAAUUAUGGAUGGAAACAAAUAAGGAAGAGUCAAUUUUGCAUGAGCCCCUUCUCCGGCGGCGAGAGGCAUUCUGCAGCCGGGAGGGAGCCGCCGCUCGCGUCGGCAGCCGCUGGCAGGGGGAUGGUGAGGCGGAAGCUAAGUGGGAUUUCUGAGGAGGGGCUGCUCUGAUUUCAUCUUGGCCCACCAUGAGGUUCUUCCUGCUUUGUGCCUACAUGCUGCUUCUGAUGAUUUCCCAGCUGAGAGCAGUCAGCUUUCCUGAAGACGAUGAACCCCUUAAUACUGUUGACUAUCACUAUUCAAGGCAAUAUCCGGUUUUUAGAGGACGCCCUUCAGGCAAUGAAUCACAGCAUAGGCUGGACUUUCAGCUGAUGUUGAAAAUUCGAGACACACUUUAUAUUGCUGGCAGGGAUCAAGUUUAUACGGUAAACUUAAAUGAAAUCCCCAAAACAGAAGUAAUACCAAACAAGAAACUGACAUGGCGGUCAAGACAACAGGAUCGAGAAAACUGUGCUAUGAAAGGCAAGCAUAAAGAUGAAUGCCACAACUUUAUUAAAGUAUUUGUUCCGAGAAACGAUGAGAUGGUUUUUGUUUGUGGCACCAAUGCUUUUAAUCCCAUGUGUAGAUACUAUAGGUUGAAUACCUUAGAGUAUGAUGGGGAAGAAAUUAGUGGCUUGGCAAGGUGCCCAUUUGAUGCCAGACAAACCAAUGUUGCCCUUUUUGCCGAUGGGAAGCUGUAUUCUGCCACAGUGGCUGACUUCCUGGCCAGUGAUGCCGUUAUUUAUCGAAGCAUGGGCGAUGGAUCUGCCCUUCGUACUAUAAAAUAUGAUUCCAAGUGGAUCAAAGAGCCACACUUUCUUCAUGCCAUAGAAUAUGGAAACUAUGUCUAUUUCUUCUUUCGAGAAAUUGCUGUAGAACAUAAUAAUUUAGGCAAGGCUGUAUAUUCCCGUGUGGCCCGCAUAUGUAAAAAUGACAUGGGUGGCUCCCAGCGGGUCCUGGAGAAACACUGGACUUCAUUUCUGAAGGCUCGUCUUAACUGUUCUGUCCCCGGAGAUUCCUUUUUCUACUUUGAUGUUCUGCAGUCUGUCACAGACAUAAUACAAAUCAAUGGCGUCCCCACUGUGGUCGGGGUGUUUACCACACAGCUCAACAGCAUUCCUGGUUCUGCAGUCUGUGCAUUUAGCAUGGACGACAUUGAAAAAGUAUUCAGAGGACGGUUUAAAGAACAGAAAACUCCAGAUUCUGUUUGGACAGCAGUCCCUGAAGACAAAGUACCGAAGCCAAGGCCUGGCUGUUGUGCAAAGCAUGGGCUUGCCGAAGCUUAUAAAACCUCCAUCGAUUUCCCGGAUGAAACCCUGUCGUUCAUUAAAUCCCACCCCCUGAUGGACUCUGCCGUCCCACCCAUUGCCGACGAGCCCUGGUUCACAAAGACUCGGAUCAGGUACAGACUGACGGCCAUCGCCGUUGACCAUUCUGCGGGACCCCACCAGAACUACACAGUCAUCUUUGUUGGCUCGGAAGCUGGCAUGGUACUUAAAGUUUUGGCAAAAACCAGUCCUUUCUCUUUGAAUGACAGCGUGUUACUGGAAGAGAUUGAAGCGUACAACCAUGCAAAGUGCAAUGCUGAGAAUGAGGAGGACAGAAGGGUCAUCUCACUCCAGUUGGAUAAAGUUCAUCAUGCUUUAUACGUGGCGUUCUCUAGCUGUGUUAUCCGCAUCCCCCUCAGUCGCUGUGAGCGUUAUGCAUCAUGUAAAAAGUCUUGUAUUGCAUCUCGAGACCCGUACUGUGGCUGGUUAAGCCCAGGGGCCUGUGGUCAAGUGACCCCAGGGAUGCUCGCUGGAGGAUUUGAACAGGACACGGAAUAUGGCAACACAGCCCAUCUAGGGGACUGCCAUGAAAUUUUGCCUACUUCAACUACACCAGAUUACAAAAUAUUUGGCGGUCCAACAUCUGACAUGGAGGUAUCUUCAUCUUCUGUUACCACAAUGGCAAGUAUCCCAGAAAUUACACCUAAAGUGAUUGAUACCUGGAGACCUAAACUGACCAGCUCCCGGAAAUUUGUAGUUCAAGAUGACCCAAACACUUCUGAUUUUACUGAUCCUUUAUCAGGUAUCCCAAAGGGUGUACGAUGGGAAGUCCAAUCUGGAGAGUCCAACCAGAUGGUCCACAUGAAUGUCCUCAUCACCUGUGUCUUUGCGGCUUUUGUCUUGGGUGCAUUCAUUGCAGGUGUAGCAGUAUACUGCUAUCGUGACAUGUUUGUUCGGAGAAACAGAAAGAUCCAUAAAGAUGCAGAAUCUGCCCAGUCGUGCACAGACUCCAGUGGAAGUUUUGCCAAGCUGAAUGGUCUCUUUGACAGCCCAGUCAAGGAAUAUCAACAGAAUAUAGAUUCUCCCAAAUUGUAUAGUAACCUGCUGACCAGUCGGAAAGAGCUGCCACCCAGUGGAGAUACGAAAUCCAUGGUCAUGGACCAUCGAGGCCAACCUCCCGAGCUGGCUGCUCUCCCGACACCUGAGUCUACACCUGUGCUUCACCAGAAGACCCUGCAGGCCGUGAAGAGCCACUCAGACAAGGCCCACGGCCACGGGGCUUCAAGGAAGGAAACCCCCCAGUUCUUUCCUUCUAGUCCUCCACCGCAUUCCCCACUAAGUCAUGGACAUAUCCCCAGUGCCAUUGUCCUUCCUAAUGCUACCCAUGACUACAACACAUCUUUCUCAAACUCCAAUGCUCACAAAGCUGAAAAGAAACUUCAAAACAUUGACCACCCUCUUACAAAGUCAUCCAGUAAAAGGGAUCACCGGCGUUCUGUGGAUUCCAGAAACACCCUCAACGAUCUCCUGAAGCAUCUAAAUGACCCAAACAGUAACCCCAAAGCCAUCAUGGGAGACAUCCAAGUGGCCCACCAGACCCUAAUGCUGGAUCCCGUGGGACCUAUGUCUGAGGUCCCGCCCAAGGUCCCUAAUCGCGAGGCAUCACUCUACUCUCCUCCCUCGACUCUCCCCAGAAAUAGCCCAACCAAGCGAGUGGACGUCCCCACCACUCCUGGCGUCCCAAUGACUUCUCUGGAAAGACAGAGGGGUUAUCAUAAAAAUUCCUCCCAGAGGCACUCUAUAUCUGCUAUGCCUAAAAACUUAAGUUCACCAAAUGGUGUUUUGUUAUCUAGACAGCCUAGUAUGAACCGUGGAGGCUACAUGCCCACCCCCGCAGGGGCGAAGGUGGACUAUAUUCAGGGAACACCAGUAAGUGUUCAUCUGCAGCCUUCCCUCUCCAGACAGAGCAGCUACACCAGUAAUGGCACCCUUCCCAGGACGGGACUAAAGAGGACACCGUCAUUAAAACCUGAUGUACCACCAAAGCCUUCAUUUGUUCCCCAAACCACAUCUGUCAGACCACUGAACAAAUACACUUACUAGGCCUCAAGUGUGCUCUUCCCCAUGUGGCUUUAUCCUGUCCAUGUUGUUGAGAGGAUGAUGUUGUAAGGGUACAUUAAGACAAGAGACUCGCUUGUAUUUUAAGAGAACCAAGUGGCCAAAGAAACUCUUCCUAACUUUGGCAACAUCAGAACUUGCCAUACGUAGCUACUGCAGCAAGGCUUCUGUGUACUUGCCUGAAAACAAAGGAAGGUGCUGGUCAUUCCAUUUCUUUUGUUUGAAACUAAAGAGAUAUGUGGCUCCGAGGGGCUACCUGUAACCAGUAUAAAGAGCUGAUACAGUGCUCAGAAGAAUCUGUCUGUGAGCAAAUACUUGAAAAUGGGUUCAACUUAGACUGCCAUUCUGUGUGGUCUUCCCAUUAAAUGUGAACAUUUUAAUAUGUAUGCAUUCACCUUGCCUCUUGCACAAAUGUCAAAAAACAAUGGUAAUGUCUCAAAGAAAAGAAGUUGUAGAUUACCAAACAAUUUGCUAAAAAUUCAGUCUUUGACCCAAACUGUAGCAUUUUUUUAUGUGUGGCAUUUUUUUUCAUGCCACCAAGGAACUGUGUUGCGUGUGCAUGUGUGUGUGCGUGUAAGCGUGUGUGUGUGUGUGUGUGUGUGUGUGUGUGUGUGUUCUGUCCCCACUAGGAUUUGUUUAGGUGCCCACUGCAUCUUUUAGUGCUAUGGAGUUAUUUACAUCGCACAUUACUGAACAAGAGACAAUAACUUCUUCCCACAGCAGUCCAUUGGGUUCAGCUUUGAGAAGGAAGUAAAACCGAGGCUGAUUUUGACGGUCAAAAUGAUUAACUUGACUUACGUGUUACCCAAUGCCAGAAUGUAAGAGUUCUAAGUAAUUCUGUGCUGCUAUUCACUAAAACUUCUAUAACAGUCUUGCCAGCUUAAGGAGAUGGAGAUGGUAAGAGGUAUCCUUGAUUUAUCCACCAGUAUUCAGUAGUAAAAUUCACCUGUCCACUGUGAAUCCGAGCCGGAAUCACUCUACUCAACCUUGGACGCACUAAUGAGGUUUUAUCUUGAUUGUGUUUGGUUUCUCCCAUGUAGUAAAAUUCCUCUUCUUUUAAUUCCCCCUAACCCCAAG